AUGUUAUUACGAUAUCGUUUUCAUCGAUUGCCUAUUAUUGAUACGUUACAUGGGAAUGCAUUGCAUAUAUUAACACAUAAACGGAUAUUAAAAUAUUUACAUUUAAAUAGGCAUAAUUUACCGCCAGUGAAAUUUCUAUCAAAAAGUUUAUAUGAAUUAAAACUAGGCACUUAUACACCAAAUGUUCAAACUAUCACAAAUAAUACAACAAUUAUAGAUGCAUUAAAAUUAUUUUUAAAAAAUCAAGUAUCCUGUUUACCGAUUAUUGAUAAUGUAACUGGUCAACUUAUUGAAAUCUAUGCCAAAUUUGAUGUGAUUAAUUUGGCUGUUACACGAUCUUAUGAUAAUUUAAAUAUUAGUGUAUAUGAUUCACUUGAAUUUCGUCGAUUAAAUCGAGAUCGUUAUCCAGCUCCAUUGACAUGUUUCAAAACUGACAGUCUACAAGAUGUCAUGGCGAAAAUUAUUGAUUCCGGUGUACAUCGUUUAAUUAUCAUUGAUGACAAUCACAAAGUCGAUGGAAUUAUUUCACUCUCGGAUAUAUUGAAAUUCCUUACGAAUUGGUCAGCCACAAAUCAUCAUCAUCCACAUACUGUCGGUCAUGACAAUGGUGACAAUGAUGUGGCCGGUGAUCGUGGCGAUGUGAAUCACCACCGAGUGAAUCAAUCCACUGGUCCUGUUCAACAUCACCAUACUGUUACACAAUGAAUUCAUGGUGAAUUAGAUAUAUACAUCAUGUUUUUCGUUUUGUCUCGACUUACUGUGCUGUGUGUCUAUCUACACUAAAAUACGGAGGGGGGUGGGGUGGGGUGCGCAGUGUUGACAAUCAUAGGUGAACAAAUCUACUACUGCAUAAAUCAUUCAUUUCAUCGGUGUUUUGUCAUGAUUACAUCACUACUGACAUUACCCUUCUUACUACUCUUAUUCACUGUACUACUACUAUUACUACUCACACUACUACUACUACUACUACUACUACUACUACUACUACUACUGCUACUCACACUA